GAGCAAAACCCCAGAACCUCUCCUCCCAGAGUCCCAUCCCUGCGUGCUCCCCACCCACCACUACCAUUAACCCAGUGACGGAGAAGAGUGCAGGUCUGGGAGGUGAAUCCCCAGCCAAGAGCAGGAGCCAGGCAGGGAAGCAGGGGUGUGGCCAGGACAGGGGCAGGGCCAAAGUCACAUACUUGACUGUGAAGUCUAGAAGGCCCCACUCCUGACAGGGCGACCUCCCCUGCGCGACGCCACAACUGGACAGAACGCAGCAUGAGGUGUCCUCUGGAUGCCAGACCGAGCCACAGCCCUGCCUGGAAGGGGCUACUUCUAACAGGCAUCCUGAUCGCCUCCUGCACCUGUUCUGCCUCCUUGGAGCCGCCCGCCCCUGCAUCUCCAGACGCCCUGACCGAAGGAGCCAGUGCCCGCCUGCCUGUGUCCAGAAGCCCGAAUGAUGUUCUCUCCACUUCUUGGUUCCGAGGGUACAAUGCCCAGCCAGAGACUAUGAUCUUCUCCCCUGAGGGCUUCCCAGGGCCCAAACACACAGGCCAGGAUACGCCGGACACCCAAAGCAGCCUGAUCAUAGGAAACCAGACAGUUCAAGACGCAGUGCUGGAAACCAACAGAGGACGCAGGAGUGCAACAGAGCAGAUAGCUGACCUGGCCAGCUCCAACGGGGUGAUGCUGCUGACAUUUCCCUACGACACUGAGGGUAUUAUCCAGAGUGACCUAAACUACUCAGUGAUCCUGGAGUGUCUGGCUUCUUCCAUCACCCCCAAACCUGUGCUGCACUGGACCUUCAAUGGGGAGCCCUACCAGACUGGGUCUAGGCUGAUCAUCCGGAGGCUGUCCUGGGAGCACCUGGGCACCUAUGUGUGCACAGCCAAGAACAGCCAGGGACAGUACUCCUCCUCUCCGGUGACCCUCAUGCUGCCACAAGACAACGUGGAUCCCACAGACGCUGAGCCCAUCGAGCCAGACCCCGUCCUCUCGGUGUCAGGAGGAGGUGCCAUUGCCCUCCUCUUGGCUGGAAAUGUGGGGGCCGCGAUGCUGAUAGGAGGCAUAGGCUUCAUCAUCGUCCAAAGCAUAAGGUCUAACAGACAAAGAAUACGGUCAUGCUGCUGAAGUGGGCCCUUGUCUGUCAGCAUCAGAGGUGAUCCUGGGAAGGGCAACGAGAGCAUCCUGGGGCUGGACAAGAUGAAGUUCCUGGGGGCUCCAGAUGAGACCGCCUCCGUCCUGAUGAUUUGUCUUGGGAUGUUCCCAUCUUGCUGAGAGUCCCAGAGACUGCCUUUCUCUCCCUCACCCCAGCUGCCGGUGCCCCAUCUGCCUAGCUCACCAAAUCCCUGGAAGCCACCUACACAAGUAGGCCAUACUUCAUAAAAGUCAUGGGCUGAAAGCAAA